UUUUUUCCCUCCGUGGAGUUGCAGUUGAACCCUGACAAACUGUGAAAUGAGUUUCUCCACAAUCUGGGCAGCUGAGAGCCACCGGGAUUCGGCGAGAGCAUGGGACACACUGAGUUAAACUUUCUCUGUCGUCCUAAACCGCGGUGUUCGGGGGGCAUUGAGGCGAUGCAGGUCCCUCGGUCAUCCCAGUGGAGGAGCCAGCUAAUGACAAGUAUCUUUGGCUGCUGAACGCCCCCCACCACCACCACCAUCACCACCACCCUCAUCCCUCCUACCCUCCAUCCAUCUCUGAUGGCUCUAUGGGGCGUCGUCAGCCUCAGCCUUCACUGCUGGGUGUGUUUAUGGUCCAGUGUAACAGCAACAGCAACAUCAGCCAGCCUCCCAAAUGACAAACCCGGGGGACCCCUGGACUGGCUCCUGUCUGAUAAGGGGCCCUUCCACCACUCCCCAGAGUACAUCGACUUUGUGGAAAAGAACCGGCAAGGUUUCUCCACCAGAUACAAGAUAUACAGGGAGUUUGGGAGAUGGAAGGUGAACAACUUGGCGGUGGAAAGGAGAGAUUUUCUGGAGUCUCCGUUACCUCUUACUCCUGAGUUCAUCAGGAACAUCCGACUCUUGGGCCGCAGGCCCACCACCCAGAUGAUCACUGACAGCCUGAUCAGGAAGUAUGGGACUCACUUCCUGUUGUCAGCUACCCUGGGAGGAGAAGAGGCCUUAACUAUAUUUGUGGAUAAGAGGAAACUGAGUAAGAAAGCAGAGGUGAGCGAUUACUCUGGUAACUCUUCCACUGUGACUCUGGAAGCUCUGCACCAGCUGGCUGCCUCCUACUUCAUCGACAGGGAGAGCACUCUGCGCAAGCUGCACCACAUCCAGAUCGCCUCCACUGCAAUCAAGGUGACAGAGACCCGCACAGGUCCUCUUGGAUGCAGUAACUAUGACAACCUUGAUUCUGUGAGCUCGGUGCUGGUUCAGAGCCCUGAAAAUAAAGUCCAGCUGCAAGGCUUGCAAGUGAUCCUUCCAGACUACUUGAGAGAGAGUUUUGUACAGGCGGCUCUCAGCUACAUAGCCUGCAAUGGAGAGGGUGAGUUUGUCUGCAAGGACAGUGACUGCUGGUGCAGCUGUGACCCCAAGUUCCCAGAGUGCAACUGCCCCUACAUGGACAUCCAAGCCAUGGAGGAGAGCCUGGAAAGAAUCACCGAGACAUGGGGCAUGCUGUAUAAGGAAUUUGAAGAAUCAGAUGAAUUCAAGGCCUUCUAUGCAAGGCUGCCCCAAAACUAUUUCCUGAACGUGUCAACCAUACAGCACUUGUGGUCCCUGGAUAGCCUGUUCCAGUGGCGAUAUGAGCAGCUGGAGAACAGCAUGCGGGUCCUCUCCAGACGUGCCGAGAGAGUCAUCUUCAAACUCUUCAGUCUCAGUAAAAGAUGUCACAGACAGCCCCAAGUGCGCAUACCAAGAGAACGGCCUCAGUCCUACUGGCUGAGUCAUUUCCAGUCACUCCUAUAUUGCUCGGAGAACAACCAGCUUGGUGCAUUCUCAGAGGACCUCCACAGCUGCAGCUGCCGAUAUGAACACAGCUCCUGUCAGCUGCCUCCACCCUGCUCUGUUGGGGAAGGCUUGGCCUGUGCAGCCUGUGCACCAGACAACCAAACCCGCUGUGGGAGCUGCAACCCAGGCUUUGCCCUGACACAAGGGGCCUGCAGGCCUAUGGUGGCAGACUCUACAGAGAACUAUCUGGGGUUCGAGACAGACCUUCAGGAUUUGGAGCUGGGCUACCUCCUGCAGAGAGCUGACCGCAGGCUUGAGGUCCAUGCAAUCUUCAUCAGCAAUGACAUGCGACUCAACAGCUGGUUUGAUCCAUCAUGGAGGAAGAGGAUGCUGCUGACGCUUAAGAGCAACAAGUAUAAAACCAACAUGGUCCACAUGCUGCUGGGAAUAUCCCUUCAGAUCUGCCUUACAAAGAAUAGCACCCUGGAGCCUGCCCUUACACUCUAUAUCAAUCCUUUUGGUGGGAGCCACUCAGAGAGCUGGUACAUCCCUGUCAAUGAGAACAAUUUUCCAGACUGGCAGGCCACCAAACUGGACCUGCCCUUUGACUGCUACAACUGGACUCUGACAUUGGGCAACAAGUGGAAGACAUUCUUUGAAACCAUCCACAUCUACCUUCGUAGCAGGAUAAAGACUCAGGAUGGACUGAAUGACAGUAUUUAUUAUGAGCCUUCAGAAAUAUCAGAUCGCGCUCCGAACCUGGGCUACAUGAAGAUAAACAGUAUCCAGGUCUUUGGCUACAGCAUGCAUUUUGACCCGGAGGCAAUCCGUGACUUGAUUCUGCAGCUGGACUACCCAUACACUCAAGGGUCCCAGGACACAGCUAUGCUCCAGCUGUUGGAAAUACGAGACAGGGUCAACCGGCUGUCCCCUCCCGGUCAACCGAGAUUGGAUCUGUUUGCCUGCCUUCUCCGGCACAGACUCAAACUGACUGCCAGCGAGGUGGUUCGCAUCCAUGCUUCCUUACAGGCCUUCAGCUCACGUCUGCCCAAUUCAGUGGAUUACGAGACCACCAAGCUGUGCAGUUAACAGCUGCUUGAAAGGAAAUACAGUCUGUAAAUGGCUAGAAGGAGAACUCAUGGACAUAGGAUUUGUGCCCAUUGUGAUACAGAUGCUUAUAUUUGUGCUCAUUGUCUAUGGAUUACCAGACUCUACAAUUAAUCAGGAGUUGAUUGGCUGUGGACAGCUGAAGAAUGUACUGUACUGCUUGUUCUGGUUUUUGUUUUGUGGCAACUACCUUCAGUGCUAUAGUAUAAAGAAUGGGAAGGAUCAGUAAGGAAAUACACAACUCUCCAGAACAAACUCUUUACAAAAGAUGUCUACAGUAGAAAUUCAGAUAUCGCUUCAUAAAGUUGAACCAUCCUGUUUCGAAAUGACUCUGCUCAUUUAUACUGUAAGUACCGAUAACAAAUGAACGGACAUUUUAUGGUAAAAAUGGUACAGUCUGUUUGUUUGUAAUUUUUAUAUGUUCCUUUGCUUUA